CCCUCUAGGCGUAGUUUGAGCACUGUCGUUAGAAAGUUAACAAGAAAGCGGAACUAGCGAGCUAGCUGGACGUUAGCUCGGGUUGCCCCCCCUCUCCUCUCCCAGCACCCAUCCACCCUCCUUUGCCCGGAUCUUAUUCUACCCGGAAUACAUGAGAACAGCUGCAAACAUUUUAAACAAUGCCGCAGCACAUCGAGCUCGGGGCCGCAGGCGGAGCCGCGAAGCAGGACAGCAGCAACAUGGAGGACAUGAGCGUGGAGCAGAUGGCCGUCAGAGCCAACCAGCUGACCGACGAGUCGCUGGAAAGCACGAGGAGGAUGCUGCAGAUGGCUGAGGAGAGUCACCAGACAGGAAACAAAACCAUGGAGAUGCUUGACCACCAAGGAGAGCAACUGAGGAAUGUGGAGAAGGGCAUGGACCAGAUCAACCAGGAUAUGAGGCAUGCUGAGAAGAACCUGACGGACCUGUCCAAGUGCUGCGGCCUGUGUGUCUGCCCCUGUAACAGGGUGUCAUCCAUUGAGAACGACUCGCGCUACAAACGCACGUGGGGGGUCAAGGAGGGCGAAGACGGCGGCGGCCAAGACUCUAACGUCGUCUCAAGGCAGCCGUCGGCCGUACGCAACGGCCAGGCCACCCAGGCGAGCGCCCCGACGCCAUCCGGCCCGUACAUCAACAAAAUAACUAAUGAUGCGCGCGAGGAUGAGAUGGAGGACAACCUUCAGGCGGUGGGCGGCAUCAUCGGGAACCUGAAAGACAUGGCCCUGAAUAUGGGCAGCGAGAUCGACAAACAGAACACGCAGAUUGAUCGCAUCAACGAUAAGGCGGACAUGAACAAGCUGCGCAUCGACGAAGCGAACCAGAGAGCCACCAAGCUCAUCAAAUAGACGAGGAAUCCUUCUGCUAACCGACUUUGAGCCCAUCCUGCUACACGCAACGCGCGUCGGACACGUCUGCGCACGCACCAGCACUCACUCAGAGAUAAAACAAAAACAAAUUGGAUCAUGAAGACAUUUUUUUGCCAGCAGUGUGCCUUUGAUGCCGUCUACCACGCUUUGUUAAAUAGUCAUGCCGCCCCGUCUGUAGCAGUGGGCCAAUCAGAAGCUCAACCAGGGAGGAAGUGACUGACUGCACUCCAGCAGGCCUGCAGCAGCAUAACAUUCACUGUGAGGGAAGAAGCACAGGUCAGCUGCCCCCCCCCCCCCCCCCCCCCCCCCCAUCCCCCAUUACUGCUUUCUUCCUCAGAUUUGUGUGUCGUCAUAUGAACGGCUCAGGUCACCAAUUCACACUGAUAAACUCUAGUUAACAAGAUCUAAAAAAUAAAAGCAUCACUCUAAUGUGCCUAUUGUGUAAUGAGGUUCAUGGUAUCACGUAUUGUUCUGAUCUGAUAUUUCUAUUUAAUUAUGCGCCAAGCAGAGAUGAGUCGUGAAUAAAGCCGUCUGUUUUUCACA